CAGCCUCUUCCUUGCCCCGCGUGUUAUCAGGGUGUUGCAUCACCUCGGGUCGCCACCGCGUGGGUGCCGGCUGCCUCCUAGGCUUGCGGGCCCCCGGGGCUCCCCAGCAACAGAAUGGUUCAACAAGUUCCAGAAAACAUCAAUUUUCCUGCUGAAGAAGAAAAAAUUUUGCAAUUCUGGUCCAAAUUCAAUUGUUUUCAGGAAUGCUUAAAGCAGUCAAAACAUAGGCCAAAAUUUACCUUCUAUGAUGGGCCUCCUUUUGCAACUGGACUGCCUCAUUAUGGACACAUACUUGCGGGGACAAUUAAAGAUAUAGUUACAAGAUAUGCUCACCAGAGCGGGUUUCACGUUGACAGAAGAUUUGGAUGGGAUUGUCAUGGCUUACCUGUGGAAUAUGAAAUUGAUAAGACACUGGGAAUCAGAGGGCCAGAGGAUGUGGCCAAAAUGGGAAUUGCAGAGUAUAACAAUCAGUGCCGCACAAUUGUGAUGAGAUAUUCUGCUGAGUGGGAGUCUACUGUUACCAGACUUGGCCGAUGGAUUGACUUUGACAAUGACUACAAAACUCUGUAUCCACAGUUCAUGGAAUCUGUCUGGUGGGUCUUUAAACAACUCUAUGACAAAGGCCUUGUAUACAGAGGGGUGAAAGUCAUGCCCUUCUCCACUGCAUGUAACACUCCACUUUCCAACUUCGAAUCCCACCAGAAUUAUAAGGAUGUUCAAGAUCCCUCAAUAUUUGUAACUUUCCCUUUGGAGGAAGAUGAAAGUAUCUCCUUAGUUGCUUGGACAACUACUCCUUGGACUCUACCUAGUAAUCUUGCCCUCUGUGUUAAUCCAGAUAUGCAGUAUGUGAAGAUUAAAGAUGUUGCCAGAGGAAAAUUACUCAUUUUAAUGGAAGCCAGAUUAUCAGCCCUCUAUAAAAUGGAGAGUGACUACGAGGUCCUUGAAAGAUUUCCUGGUGUCUCUCUCAAAGGCAAGAAGUACAAGCCUCUGUUCGACUAUUUUGUGAAGUGUAAAGAGAAUGGCGCUUUCACUGUGCUUGUUGACCACUAUGUGAAGGAGGAAGAAGGCACAGGGGUUGUACAUCAGGCCCCUUACUUUGGUGCUGAUGACUAUCGGGUCUGCAUGGACUUCAACAUUAUUCAGAAAGACUCAUUCCCUAUUUGUCCUGUGGAUGCUUCAGGCUGCUUCACAGAAGAAGUGACACAUUUCGUGGGACAGUAUGUGAAGGAUGCCGACAAAAACAUCAUCAGGACAUUGAAGGAACAGGGCAGACUUCUUGUUGCCAGCACCUUCACACACAACUAUCCUUUCUGCUGGAGAUCAGACACUCCGCUCAUUUACAAAGCAGUGCCCAGCUGGUUUGUGAGAGUGGAGCACAUGGUGGAGCAGCUACUGAAGAACAAUGACCUGUGUUACUGGGUCCCAGAGUUUGUGCGAGAAAAGCGGUUUGGAAAUUGGCUGAAAGAUGCACGUGACUGGGCAAUUUCCAGAAACAGAUACUGGGGCACCCCCAUCCCACUGUGGGUCAGUGAAGACUUUGAGGAGGUAGUUUGCAUUGGGUCAGUGGCAGAACUUGAAGAACUGUCAGGAGCAAAAAUCUCGGACCUCCACAGAGAGAGCAUUGACCACCUGACCAUUCCAUCACGCUGUGGGAAAGGAUCACUGAGGCGCGUGUCUGAAGUAUUUGACUGCUGGUUCGAAAGUGGCAGCAUGCCGUAUGCUCAGGUUCAUUAUCCUUUUGAAAACAAAAGGGAGUUUGAAGAUGCUUUUCCUGCAAACUUCAUUGCCGAAGGCAUAGACCAAACCAGAGGAUGGUUUUACACCCUACUGGUGCUGGCCACAGCCCUCUUUGGACAACCACCUUUCAAGAAUGUGAUUGUGAACGGUCUUGUCCUGGCAAGUGAUGGCCAGAAAAUGAGCAAAAGAAAAAAGAAUUAUCCUGAUCCUGUUUCAAUUAUCGAGAAGUAUGGUGCUGAUGCUCUCAGAUUAUAUCUGAUUAAUUCCCCUGUGGUGAGAGCAGAAAACCUCCGCUUUAAGGAGGAGGGCGUGCGGGACGUCCUUAAGGAUGUGCUGCUCCCGUGGUACAACGCGUACCGCUUCUUCAUCCAGAACAUCUUGAGGCUCCAGAAGGAAGAAGAAAUGGAAUUCCUCUACAAUGAGAGCACUGUUAGAGAAAGCCCCAAUAUCACAGACCGGUGGAUUCUGUCCUUCAUGCAGUCGCUUGUGGGCUUCUUUGAGACCGAAAUGGCAGCUUAUAGGCUUUACACUGUGGUGCCUCGCCUGGUCAAGUUUGUAGAUGUUCUAACCAAUUGGUAUGUCAGAAUGAACCGCAGAAGAUUAAAGGGUGAAAAUGGGAUGGAGGAUUGUGUCAUGGCCCUGGAGACCUUGUUUAGUGUCCUGCUUUCUCUGUGCAGACUAAUGGCCCCAUACACACCAUUUCUCACUGAAUUGAUGUACCAGAAUCUAAAGGUGCUGAUUGACCCAGCUUCUGUCCAGGACAAGGACACCCUCAGCAUUCACUACCUCAUGUUGCCCCGUGUUCGUGAGGAAUUAAUUGACAAGAAAACUGAGAGUGCAGUGUCUAGAAUGCAGUCUGUGAUUGAACUUGGACGAGUGAUCCGAGACCGCAAAACUAUUCCAAUAAAGUAUCCUUUGAAAGAAAUUGUGGUUAUUCAUCAGGAUCCAGAAGCUCUUAAUGAUAUCAAGUCUUUGGAGAAGUAUAUCCUUGAGGAACUGAAUGUUCGAAAAGUUACACUGUCUACAGAUAAAAACAAGUAUGGCGUUCGGCUAAGGGCAGAACCAGAUCACAUGGUCCUGGGGAAGCGUCUGAAGGGAGCCUUUAAAGCCGUGAUGAUGGCCAUCAAGCAGCUGAACAGUGAGGAGCUGGAGCAGUUCCAGAAGAGUGGGAGCAUUGUCGUGGAAGGCCAUGAAUUGCAUGAAGAGGACAUCCGUCUCAUGUACACCUUUGACCAGGCCACAGGUGGGACUGCACAGUUUGAAGCUCACUCAGAUGCUCAGGCUUUGGUGCUCUUGGAUGUCACCCCUGACCAAUCAAUGGUGGAUGAGGGAAUGGCUCGGGAAGUCAUCAAUCGCAUCCAGAAACUUCGAAAGAAGUGUAAUCUGGUUCCAACUGAUGAAAUAACAGUCUAUUAUAAUGCAACGUCUGAAGAAAGAUACUUGAAUAACGUUAUUGAAAGCCACACAGAAUUCAUAUUUGCCACCAUAAAAGCUCCCUUGAAACCAUACCCAGUUCCUACAUCAGAUAAAAUCCUUAUUCAGGAAAAAACACAGUUAAAGGGGUCUGAAUUGGAGAUCACACUGACUAAAGGAUCAUCCCUGUCUGGUCCUGCUUGUGCAUAUGUCAACCUUAACAUUUGUGCAAACGGCAGUGAACAAGGUGGAGUUUUGCUUCUGGAAAAUCCAAAAGGGGACAAUAGGUUGGACCUUUUAAAGCUGAAGAAUGUUGUUACUAGCAUUUUUGGUGUUAAAAAUACAGAGCUGUCUAUCUUCCAUGGUGAAACAGAAAUACAAAACCAAACUGACUUGAUGAGUCUUAGUGGAAAAACACUUUAUGUGACUGCGGGAUCAGUUCCCUCUCCUGUCAACAGCCCUAGUACUCUUCUCUGUGAAUAUAUCAACCUGCAGCUCCUGAACGCAGAGCCACAAGAGUGUUUAAUGGGAACAGUGGGCACCCUCCUGCUUGAAAACCCACUUGGGCAGAAUGGACUCACCCACCAAGGUCUCCUGUAUGAGGCAGCCAAGGUGUUUGGCCUGCGAAGCAGGAAGCUAAAGUUGUUUCUGAAUGAGACUCAAACACAAGAAAUCACAGAAGACAUCCCCAUGAAGACUUUGAAUAUGAAGACUGUGUAUGUUUCUGUGUUGCCAACAACUGCAGACUUCUAAUAUUGAAUAAUCAGUGUGGUUCAGUAAGCCUUUCCCUGACUUAAACCCAUCGCCUAUACCUGUGUACACAUGGACCUGUUGAAGAUACUUCCUUCAGGUGCAUGUCUGAUAGGCCGCUUUGGRCCUAAAAUUCAAAUGGGAUUAAUUAAUUAGCUUGAGACCUCACAUAAUAUUCACACUUAACCUUAAACACCUAUGCAGUCACGUUGGGGAAAGGUUAUGAUAUUACCUCAGCACCACAAAGUUUAUAGUUUAUUUCUCUACUUGAGUUCUUCAGUUACAGAAAGUAGAAGUGAUUUAAAUGGCACAGUAUAUAUACUUAUAUGUACAUCAUUUUGGCCUUUUAAAACUAAUUUGAGACCUCUUAAAGAAAUGAACAUGUUAUAUAUUUCUGUUACCUGGAUUUUCCUGGGUAAUUUGAUGACAUAUUUUAAGUUUCAGUAAAUCAAAAUCUCUUUCAGAUAUGUUUGUUAGAAGUGAUUCAUUCUCCUAUGAUUUAAUGAAACUGGACUUGUAAUCUUUUAAACAUAUAAAAACUUAAUUGUGACUUCUGUAUUAAGACAGUGAAUUAUAAACCUAAUAUCACCUCUUCCUAAAACCUUGGUUGACAGUUUGAGUCCUUAAAGAAGCAUAUACCAAAACAAAAUUAGAUGCACAAACGUGUAUUAGAAGAAACGUAAAUGAAGGAUGACAGGAGACGAGAACAAGCAUGGUUACUUCCUACUACAGCAUAGGUCUGAGAAAAGGGAGGACGAGUACACAAAAAGCAGUGCAGCUCUGAGGCAAUGUAGUCAGGCCAGUGGAGAGUCUCCAGGCAAGUAUUCCUGUCAUCAGAGUUUAGAGUUUGGUGGAAAUUGCCUGCCUUUGUGCCCCAUGCCUUGGUGAGUUAGUGUCUAGGAGUAGCCCACAGGAAUCAUUGCCUUGGCACAAAUGCCUUGAUGGAUCUCAAAAUACAACAGCCAGAAGCUGCCAGCCAGCUCACUUCCACAUCAGAUUCUUUUGAAAAGGACAGUCCGAAUGACACAUCCUGAUGACUGCUACAACAAAUGCACUCAAACACACCCACAAAGUUGGAGAAAUCAAAGGAAGCAACUACCAGAAUUUGGGGAACUGGAAAGCAGAUAGAUGGGCAUUAACUAACUUGUAGACCCAACAAAGCCCAGUUUUAAAUAGGCCACAGAGGGAUUAAGAAAUGUAUUUACAGCUCAGAAUCCUCAGUACCAAUUUCCUCUAGGGCUAAGGAUAAAGGCAAGGCAUGAAAAUAGGGAAGAGUGGCUAGACAACUCUCUACACCCCCACAGUUGGCAUGAGAGGGUAAUAGAGUAUAUUAGUCAGCUCUUCAUCACUUUGAUCAAAAUACCUGACAUAACCUAAUGGAGGAAAAGUUUAUUAUGGCUCAUUUUCAGAGGUUUCAGUGUGGCCGAAACAUGACAGAAGGGUGUGUCAGAGCUUAGGAAAGCUACUCCGCUCAUAGCAGCUGGAAAGGAGAAAGAGAGGAAGGGCCAGAGAUAAGAAGCACCCUUCCAGACAUGCCCCUAGUGACCUAAUUCCUCCAACAGUGCCCCCAUGUAAUCCAUUCACCUAUCAAUGGAUUAUAUCCACUGACAGAUCAGAAGAGCCCUCAUGGUUCAGUCACUUCCCAAAAGCCCCCUCUGAACAUUGCUGCACUGUUGUCUAAGUUUGCAACACUUGAGACCUUAGUAGCAUUCCAGAGCCAAACUCUAACAUAAAGUGAACCUGGAUGGUGGAAAUCAGUGAGUUGAAAACAAGGGCAUUUACAAGUUUGGAAGAUUCCCCAAACCAGUCCUAGAAGGAUUCAGACCUUACCGAAAGCAGUUAUAUUCGUGGUUAUAACAAAUACCCGACAAAUAACUGAAGGGGGAGAAUUUAUUUUGGCUCACUGUUUCAGAGCUUUUGGGACCAUGUCAACUGGCUCUAACACAGAAACAUCUUGCAGAAGAGCCAGGUUAAAAUUAACCAAAGAGAUGCUCAGGGCAGAAUUUAGGAAAAGGCAGUUGAUACUGCCUCUGCCUUGAUAGUUUUCUGAUGUGAUUAUACCCCUGCCCUGUACCCUAACCCAGGACUAUCCAUUAUGACCCAAACCCCUGGCAAAGACAUGCCUUCCUAGCAUAAGAUAAGGCCACUUUGCUUUUUAUACACUACUGCAAUGGAAACAAGAUUUAUGUGGCUUUAUAUAUACUGCCCACUAAAAGAAGAAAAUUGUAAAAAUUCUAACACCAGGUAUUAGCUAAUGGCUCACUGACCAACCUAUAAUUAAGUUCAAAAUUGAUAGUUACUGUUUUACUUCGGUGUUGUACAUGCCGUGUUAGCUUUCUGUUAUUAUAACACAUACUUGAGUAAUCAACUUAUAAGGAGAAAAGGCUCAUUUUGGGCUCACAACUUCUGUCAGUUUCCAUCCCUUCUUGGUUGGCCCGGUUGCUUUUGGGCCUGUGGCAAAGCAGCACAUCAUGGUGGAGCAAAUCCUUUUCCUUUUUUUUUUGUCACCUCAUGCCUGGAAGACAAAAAAGGAAGAGGUUGGGGGUCCCACAGUCCCCCUUCAAGGGGCCCAUCCCAAUGACAAGAAGACUGCCCACCAGGCCUCACCUCUUAACAUUCUACCACCUCCCAGUAGUGCCAAGCUGGGAGCUAAGCCUUUAACACAUGGCUCUUUGGGUGCCAUUAAGAUCCAAACUAUAGAAGUCCUAAUUCUUAUUUAUGAGACUCGCUCCAUAAUUACCAGAUUUUAUAAUGAAAGCAUCUAACAUGGAAGAAAGGUCAAAUGGAAAGCAAUGAGAACUACCGCCUGCCAAAUCUCAGAGGAGAAAACACUCCUGUUGACUUAAAACAUAAUAGCAGAAAUUUUAAAGCUAACAGAAUCAUUGGAAAGUGAUAUUAAGAAAAUUUUCCAAAUGCUGGAAUGAUUAAAGAUGGAAGGUGGGAAAGAAGAGAAACAAAUUAUUCAGUCCAGGAGGUCCAAGAUCCAAAUGACAGGAACUCCAGAAAGAACAAAGAAAAGAUGGGAACUCGUAAAUGUAAAUUUCACUGGACGUAAAGGCAACCGAGUGAUAUCUUCAAGUGCCUAGCACACUGCAUAAAAAUAUAUUCCAAGGCUUACAACUGAAAUCUUGGAACAUAAA